UAAGAGGUCUUGAACAUUUAGACCUUUCUAAAAAUAAUUUUUCUGGCAUGAUUCCAAAAUUUUUGGAGAGUUUUGAUUUCUUGAAAUUAUUGAACCUCUCGUACAACCAUUUUGAAGGUGAGAUACCAACAAAUGGAGUUUUCAAGAAUGCGAGUGCAACUUUGAUUAAGGGAAAUGGUAAGCUUUGUGGGGGCAUACCAAAGUUUCAACUUCCUAACUGCAACAACAAAAAAUCCAAGAAAACGUUGACUCCUAUGUUGAAGUUGAUUAUCUUUAUUCUAUUUGGGCUUCUCGGCGUAUCUUUGAUUCUAUUGUCUCUAUUUCUUUGUUCUUUAAGAAAGAAAAGGAAAGAAAAUACCUCAAGCAAUUCAAUAAAUUUGUUUUUGGAUGUAUCUUACCAAAGUCUCCUAAAUGCCACAGAUGGAUUCUCUCCUACUAAUUUAGUUGGUGUGGGCAGUUUUGGGUCAGUGUAUAAAGGAAUUCUAAAUCAAUAUAGACAUACAGUUGCUAUCAAGGUGCUGAACCUUGCACGUCGUGGAGCUUCCAAAAGUUUCAAAGCUGAGUUUGAGUCUUUAAGAAACAUCGAACAUCAAAAUCUUGUAAAGUUACUCACAGCAUAUUCAGGUAUUGAUGAUCAAGGUCAAGAUUUUAAGGCUUUGGUAUACGAGUUCUUUGGCAAUGGCAACCUAGAUGAGUGGAUACAUCCAACUCCAAUAACAAAUGAGUCUUUUGAGAAUCCAAGGAAAUUGAGUCUUAUUCAAAGAUUAAAUAUCGCCAUUGAUGUUGCUAGUGCAUUGGAUUAUCUUCAUCAUCAUUGCCAAACACCAAUUGUUCACUGUGACCUCAAGCCUAGCAAUGUUCUUCUUGAUGAUAAAAUGAUUGGACAUGUAAGUGACUUUGGCUUGGCAAAAUUCCUUCAUGCUAUCAUCCAAGAUUCUUCUGCUAAUCAAUCAAGCUCAAUUGGGGUUAGAGGAACAAUUGGUUAUACUCCUCCUGAGUAUGGUAUGGGAAACGAGGUAUCAAUAUAUGGUGAUGUUUAUAGUUAUGGCAUAUUAUUGUUAGAGAUGUUCACGGGAAAAAGGCCUACUAAUAGCAUGUUCCUCAACGGCCUAAAUCUGCGUGACUUUGUUAAAGCAAAUUUACCAGAACGAAUAAUUGACAUCAUAGAUCCUAAUCUUCCCUGGGAAAGACAAGAGGGAGAAAUAAGAAUGAAUGACACUCACAAUGAGGAUCAAAAUGAAAGUCUCAAAAUUCAAGAAUGUUUGAUUUUGAUACUCGAAAUUGGACUUGCUUGUUCCACAGAAGUUCCAAGAGAAAGGAUGGACAUCACUGAUGCUUUAGUUGAAUUGCAUUUAAUUCGACAAAACCUUUUAGAACCUGUAUCCACGGAUAAAGACUUCAAGCUACAGGUGCACUAGACUGAAUGUUGAAGCUCAUUAUUCUAAUACUUUGACAUCAUGUUCGGGUGUAUUUGGCAUUUUUAGCACAUUUGGAGGUAAAUUGGGGAGAUAUGUAAUUUUUUUUUUUUUUUGGUGUUAAAGAAUAUAUUAUUUAUGGUUUGCUAUGUGUAAUGGCCCAAGAGGUCCAAUUAUGUUGUAAAUCCUAAACAUGGCUAACCUUAUUUCCUAGUUUUUAUAUAUAUCUUGCUUAGGAUUCAUU